GGUAGCGCACCUCUCUGGACUGUCCGCUUGCUUGUGGCAAUUAUUGUUAAGUGUUUUGUGGGUUUUGGAGAAGCUACCCUUCUGAUUCCGAUUCUAGUUGAUCCGUUUGUAUGCGCUACUCGGGACGAGCAGAAAAUCCCGGCAAAGACCAUAAUCAACCACAGCUUCUUCGGUGCUGUGAAAUCCUUCAAAGCAGAGCCAGCAGCACCUUCCUGGAGGCGGCGUCUAGCGUUUAGUGUCUGCUAAGAAGCUAAUAAUUUUGGUGCAUCCAUCCCGCGACCAUCUCGACAGUAAUCAUGACGGACAUAAGGGCGGCAUUUGCUGCUCAACAGAAUGGUGCGGCGGCGGCGGCUGCGGCAGCUGGUGCCGUGGCCAGUCCUAAAAUUGGCGGCAAGUCGAUUGAGAAGAUCUAUCAGAAGAAAUCCCAGCUGGAACAUAUCCUGCUCCGCCCGGACACGUACAUCGGCUCGGUUGAGAUGGUCAAGGAGCAGAUGUGGGUGUACGAUAAGGAGGGCAACAAGAUGAUCCAGAAGGAGAUUACGUACGUGCCCGGGUUGUAUAAGAUCUUCGACGAGAUUCUGGUUAAUGCGGCGGACAACAAGCAGCGCGACCCGAAGAUGACCACCAUCAAGGUGGAGAUCAACCAGGAAACGAACACGAUCUCGGUGUGGAACAACGGCCACGGUAUCCCGGUGGUGAUGCACAAGGAAGAGAAAAUGUUCGUACCGACGAUGAUCUUUGGUCACCUGCUAACGUCGUCGAACUACAACGACGAGGAGGAAAAGGUGACGGGCGGUCGUAACGGGUACGGUGCGAAGCUGUGCAACAUCUUCAGCACCAAGUUUACGGUUGAGACGGCCUCGAAGCAGUACAAGAAGUGCUUCAAGCAGACAUGGGGCGACAACAUGUCGAAGGCGUCCGAGCCAAAAAUAAAGGAAGAUUUCCACGGCGAGGACUACACGAAGAUUACGUUCUCGCCAGAUCUGUCCAAGUUUAAAAUGGAAAAGCUGGACGAUGAUAUCGUGGGACUGUUGUCGCGCCGUGCGUAUGAUGUUGCCGCCUCGACGCGUGGGGUGGCCGUGUUUCUGAACGGUCAGCGGAUCCCAGUAAAGACGUUCAAGGACUAUAUCGACCUGUUUCUCAAGGACUCUACCGACGACAUAGGAGGAGCCGUUAAAGUAUGCUACGAGUCCGUUAACGAGCGCUGGGAGGUGGCGGUAGCGAUUUCAGAGCGUGGGUUCCAGCAGGUUUCGUUCGUCAACUCGAUCGCCACGUCGAAGGGUGGCCGGCACGUCGACUACGUGACCGAUAUGAUCGUGAAGCAGCUGACCGAGGUGCUGAAAAAGAAGAACAAGGGCGGUGUGGUGAUCAAACCGUUCCAGGUGAAGAACCACAUGUGGGUGUUCGUCAACUGUCUGAUCGUCAACCCGACGUUCGACUCGCAGACGAAGGAAAACAUGACGCUGCAGUCGAAGAGCUUCGGCUCCAAGUGCACCCUGUCGGAGAAGUUUAUCAACGCGGUCGCGAAGAGUGGCAUCGUCGAGUCGGUGCUGCAGUGGGCAAAGUUCAAGGCUCAAACGGAUCUGGCCAAAACGUCCGGUUCGAAGAAAACGAAGAUCAAGGGCAUCCCGAAGUUGGAGGAUGCGAACGAUGCCGGUUCGCGCAACUCGCUCAACUGCACGCUCAUCCUCACCGAGGGAGACUCCGCCAAGACGUUGGCCGUGUCGGGGUUGGGGGUGGUCGGGCGUGACACGUACGGUGUGUUUCCGUUGCGCGGUAAGCUGUUGAACGUGCGCGAAGCGACCCACAAGCAGAUUCUGGAGAACGCGGAAAUUAACAAUCUAAUUAAGAUCCUCGGUCUGCAGUACAAGAAAAAGUACCUCACGAUGGAUGACCAGAAGACGCUCCGGUACGGCAAAGUGAUGAUCAUGACUGAUCAGGAUCAGGAUGGUUCACACAUCAAGGGGCUGUUGAUCAACUUCAUCCACACGAACUGGCCCGAGCUGCUGCGGCUGCAGUUCCUGGAGGAAUUCAUCACACCCAUCGUAAAGGCGACGAAGAAGAACGGCACGGAACUGUCGUUCUUCUCGCUGCCCGAGUUUGAGGAAUGGAAGGCCGAAACGCCCAAUGCGCAUACGUUCAACAUCAAGUACUACAAGGGUUUGGGUACGUCCACCUCGAAGGAAGCGAAGGAAUAUUUCCAGAACAUGGAACGUCAUCGGAUCGUGUUCCGCUACGAGGACACCGCUGACGACGAGGCGAUCCUGAUGGCGUUCUCGAAGAAGGCUAUCGAACAGCGUAAGGACUGGCUGACGGCGCACAUGGAAGAGGUUCGCCACCGGAAACAGGUUGGUCUGCAGGAGCGCUACCUGUACACGAAAUCGACGAAGGACAUCACCUACAAGGACUUUGUGAACCUCGAGUUGGUGCUGUUCUCCAACUCGGACAACGUCCGUUCGAUCCCUUGCAUGCUCGAUGGGCUGAAGCCGGGCCAGCGGAAGGUGCUGUUCACCUGCUUCAAGCGUAACGACAAGCGCGAGGUGAAGGUGGCCCAGUUGGCCGGCUCGGUGGCGGAAAUGUCCGCCUACCAUCACGGCGAGCAGUCGCUCUGCUCAACGAUCGUUAAUUUGGCGCAGAACUAUGUCGGCAGCAACAACAUUAAUCUGCUCUAUCCGGGCGGUCAGUUCGGUACGCGGUUGACCGGUGGCAAGGACAGCGCUAGCCCGCGUUACAUCUUCACCAUGCUGUCGGCACUGACACGUUGUAUUUUCCACCCGCUCGACGAUCCGCUGCUCGAGUACCAGUACGAUGAUAAUCAGCGCAUCGAACCGACCUGGUACCUGCCGAUCAUUCCGAUGCUGCUGGUGAACGGUGCCGAGGGUAUCGGAACCGGGUGGGCUACACGUAUCCCGAACCACAACCCGCGCGACGUAAUCGCUAACAUCCGCCGAAUGCUGAACGGCGAGGAACCGAAGGUAUUGAAUCCGUGGUACAAGAACUUCCGCGGCCUGAUUGAAUCGGUCGGCCCACAACGGUACAUGUUCGUAGGCAACGUGGGUCUGCUGGACAACCAGAAGAUCGAGAUCUCCGAGCUGCCGAUCGGUACGUGGACGCAAACGUACAAGGAGAACGUGCUGGAGCCGCUGCUGCACGGCUCGGAUAAGCAGAAGGCGGUCAUUUCGGACUACAAGGAGUACAAUACGGACACGACGGUGCGUUUCGUUAUCUCCUUCUUGCCGGGCGAGUACGCGAAGCUGUACGCCGAGGACGGAGGCUUCCAUCGGGUGUUCAAGCUGACCAGCGUCAUCAGCACGUCCGUGAUGAACGCGUUCGACGACAAGAGCUACCUGCGGAAGUACAAUCACGCGAACGACAUCUUCAUGGAAUUCUACACGAUCCGGUUGGAGUAUUACGGCAAGCGGCGCACGUACCUUCUCGGUAUGCUGCAGGCCGAGGCGGACAGCAUGUCGGACAAGGCGCGCUUCAUCAUGGAGAAGUGUAACGGUACGCUGGUGGUGGAGAACAAGAAGCGCAAGGCGCUGAUCGAGGAGCUGAUCAAGCGCGGCUACCGAGCGGAUCCGAUCAAGGAGUGGAAACGCCGCGUCAAUGCCGACCAAGAGGAAGAAGGGGAAGCUGAGGGCGGUGAAGAGGUUGAAGGUGAGGAAGAGGAAGAUGUGAAACCGGGCAAGUCGACAGGCAAGGCGGGUAGCAGCAAAGCACCGGUUGACCCGGAGAAGGCCUUCCAGCGGCUGACGGACGUGAAGAAGUUCGACUACCUGCUCGGUAUGUCCAUGUGGAUGCUGACGGACGAGCGAAAGAAUGAGAUACUGAAGCAGCGCGAUCUGAAACUGGCCGAGCUGAAGGCGCUUCAGGCGAAAACCAGCGAGGGCCUAUGGAUGGACGAUCUGGACGCGCUGUCGAAGAAGCUGGACGAGGUUGAGGAGAAGGAACGGCUCGAUGCGAUCAGCACGGAGAAGAAGCUGAAGGCGGGUGCAUCCAAGGGUAUGUCCGCUGGUGGGCGAAAGGUGGUCAAGAAAACGGCCAUCGACGACACGAAGCCGAGUGCGGACGCCGAAGCGGUCCGCUUCAAGAUGACCGAGGAGAUGCUGAAGAAGUACGAAAAGGCGGCUGCGGCGGCGGCGGCCAGCAAGGUGAAGAAAGAAAAGAAAGAACCGGGUGAGAACGGGGAAGAGGACGAGUUCGAUGCACUGGUCGCAGCUGGCGGUGAUCCCGGCGCCGAAAAACCAAAGCCGAAGCCCCGCGUCAAGAAAGAACCGAAAGACCCGAAGGAACCGAAAGCGCCGAGAGCGCCGAGGGUGAAAAAGGAAAAGGGUUCGCCCGGUGAGAAGCCUAAACGUAGCCGGGUAAGUUCUUUUGGCAGUUGCAAAAAGAAGGCUACUACGUCGGAUGAGGAUGACGCUUUCAACUCCGACAUGAGCGGAGAUGAUCUGGGUCCAGCUGUAAACGUACCGACCAGGGAGAAGGCGGGACGUCGCGCCGCUGCAACUAAGGUAAACUAUUCCCUGCUGGACGCCGGUGAAGACGAAGAAGACGACAACUUCAACCGCUCCGAUGAUGAACUUUUUGAUAAUAAUCCCGAGCAACUUACGAGCGGUACUGCCGCCGCCGACGACGACAGUGACGUCGAGGUGCAGGAGAGCCGCCCUGCCCCGGUAGUCGACGUUGGGGAUGAUUCCGAUUCGAGCCCGGUGAAGAAGCGUCCAGGACCGCUGAAAAAGCGUGCACUUGGCCCCAAAGCGGCCGAUGCCAAGCCUGCACCUGCAAAGCGUGGGCGCAAGGCAGCUGAUAGUGGCAGCGACGAAAAGCCGAAGAAGAAACCCAAAUCUAAGGCGGUUGAAAGCGAAAGCGAAGAAGAUCCACCAAGCGAUGAUGAUUUCGACUCCGAUUUCUAAGGUGGUGUGAGCGAAUUCAGCCGGAACUAAGCGACUUGUUGGCGUCGGCCUGCUGGGAUGGUUUCUGUUGAACGAGUUGGAGCAAUACCAACUGUAAUGCAAAUUAAUUUUACCAGAUACGAUACACACAUAUUUUUCUUAUUUUACUUUCUUCCAACACCUGAUUUACCUGCAAAAGAUUAGAGUAAAAGGUGGGCCGGUAUAUACCAUUGUAUUGGCCUAAAUUAGUUCUCUCAUUUAAUUUAAUAAUCAAUGGUAAAAUAAUUUAUGAUUACCGCUAUGAUAAAUUAAUAGUAUUUAGUUAAUAACAUUUUACAAUUCGUUUUCCUCCUGGUUAUUCAUCGGUUUCUUUGUCCAGUACUUGAGUUUAGUGUUGUAUGCACAUUUCAUUCCAACAGAAAUGAAAUUUCAUUGUCAUUUGAUUUUUCCUGAAGUCGUGUAUCAUAUCCUCCCUCAAUGUUUACACGCACAAAAUUUUUCACCUGCAGCCGAAAGGGAACAUAAACUGUGGUUAUGAAAAGUAUGAACUCUACCGAACUAAAUGAUGAUAUUUAGCCAGGUUUUAUGACCGGUAGCGUAACGAGAGAGAACGAGAAACGAAGGGCUAGUUUUUACUUCAUGACUUAUGUUAAAAGAGGAUUUACAAUUAGAAAACUACAAUAAACAUUACCUGAGGAACGUGUGUGCAUGUAAAAUGAAGGAGUAAGGAACCUGAACUAACAAAAUUGGCGGAAGAGAGCUCUCUACUUGCUUUGGGCUCUUGUUCGGAACUUGGUAUUGCAACAUUUUAUCUAACUCUUAAACUACGCGUGCACGUGCUCAUGGUCGACGGGACAAAUCAACCAAACACAAUAGUAUUCACACUAAACGAGUUUAGAAUCCUCGCCGUAAAUAUAUGUGUAAUCCACUGGAAAUCGGGAGCUGCAAAAAGGAGCAUGCAAGUUGGUGAACAAAUUCUACUGUGAGUUGUAUUCGGUGUAUUUAAUGAAUUGAAACGAUGUCUGCAGGAUGUGUAGCAUUUGAAGGAUAGCUUUUUGGAGCCAUUUUUCACUCGCUGCAUUUCUAGCCGGUGUCGGUUUUAAAAUAUUUCCGCAUACUUGCGGAAGCCCGAUGUUUGUCACCGAUUUUUACAUUUUAAUAUGGCUAUCAAAAUCAAAUAAAGUAAACCAUGUAGAUAUUUUGUA